AUUCUCUUCGCUGUUAUCGUUGCUGGUAGUUUCCGAAGUGGGUCUGAUCACGGAGGAGACGCUUUUGGUUGUUAGCUAUGGUUACGUUGAUUUUAUCUGAUGCUGCCGCUGCUGCUGCUGCGCCCCGAGUUUGCCAUUGUCAGCAGUCACUAUAGCAGAUGCAUCGAUGUUGACGACUUCAGAUGUUUCGGUGAUUCUGUCGAGGAGAGUGGCGGAUAAUUUUGGAUGUUGGGUCGUUUUCUUGGGCUUUACUGAGCGUGCGUGAGUCCAUUUUUUCUUGGUUUCUCGGAGGGCACUGCCGCAACUUUCGAUUGGACGUUGGGAGUUUUUAAUGUUCGCGUAGGUCACGGGGAAUUUGGGGUUGGCGAUCGGCAGUGUUAUGCCUGAUGAGGAUUCGAAAUUCAGCUUCGGUGUCUGUUCCAUUGGCAGGAGCGCGUCUUUGAGCUCAUGACGUUUCUAGGGGAUGGAACAUUAGACUGAUGAGAUAAGAGGGCGUUGUAGGGGUGAUUGUUGAAGUUUUAGCAGAUGCGAUAAGGUUUCCAUUCGUAUAAAUCCUCAUAGCUUCGGCUCAAGUUGCGGUGCGAAGUUCGCUGGCUGGAAGCCUGGUUCCAUCAAGAGUGCCAUCUCCGUGUUAAAGAGGAAUAGUUUUUACAGCUACAUUGAUCCCCAGAGCGAAGAAAUUACUGGGAAGUGGAGUAUGGGUUCGAUAUCACCAAUUUGUGAAUACUCUUCACAAACAAUGUCCCUUUGAAGCUCCCGAGUAUUGGGAGUGAUCACAGACAGAGAUUGGGAGUGGUUGCUGAAAAGGAUCUGUAUUUAUUCAUUUGUGAAAGAGUAGUAGUUGUGAUUCUGCACUUUAAAUUCUUGAUGGAUUGUAUCUGCGAUUUCAGAGAAGACGAGUUCCGGGGUAGUAGUAAAUACCUUGACCCUGGUUACUUUUCGUUAUCUUUCAGGGGCAGCUGCACUUGGGGCCACAGUUGGAGAAGGCCAGGCCGUUAACCUAGAGGUGGAUUUUACCCCAAUGGUGUAGGAUCGCCUGAAGUAGUUGCGCUGGUCAUCUAUGGAGGUUUUGUCGCUGUUAUUACGGUGCAGGCAGCGCAUUGUACCCUCAGGAUGCUUUUCUUCGCUGGCUUGUGGCGCCAACCAUCAUAUGAUGCAGAUCUAGAACUUUAGUGUGUUGAGAUCGCUUGCCACUUCUUUGGAAAUUCGGAGCAGCCUCUCCAUGACCUGCGAAGCUUGCCCUCCGCACGGGUUUUGUAUCAGUUGCCACUCAUAUUAAAGAGCUGCAUCAUGGCGUAGAUCUGUCAUCAUAAAAUAUCGUUCCUUCAUCACCAGGACCUUGAGCAGUCCUUCGGAGAUGCAACAAAUGAAAUUGGACGUAAGAGAGGUCUCAGAAAGACGCUGGCUUGAUAGUGAUGAGGUUCCUUCUCAAGAGCAGAGGAGCACUAUGCAUCGGCACGCAUCGCAGCACACUUCAAGUCUUGGACGACGACUGAGAGUCCGAUCGGGAGCUGGUCUAAUUGGAUUCUUAUGGAUGCUUGGAUAUGUGAGUGUUGUACUUGGAGCGCUAUUUUCAACAUUUUUCUUUCCGGACAUUCUUUCCAUGUUGCGGUCUCAAAGAAGCUCCAUGCAGUCUCACAUGCUUUAUCAGCGAGGUGAUCAUGGAGUACAACCUAGAUCGGAUGAGUUGAAUUUGAGGCAAGAAUUCGGGUCCCACCGACUGUCCCAAUUGCCGAGUCCAGGCGUAGAGUCGGUGGAGUUCAAGAAACUUUGGAAGCCUCCUCCAAAUCGAGGAUUUCAUCCUUGCGUUGAGCCCAGCGAGUCUUACUCAGGUCCAGGUAUUUCCAGAGGGUAUCUUCUGGUCCAAAGCAAUGGGGGUUUGAAUCAGAUGCGAGCAGGGAUCUGUGAUAUGGUGGCGGUUGCACGCAUAUUGAACGCUACAUUGGUUGUUCCGGAGCUUGAUAAGCGAUCAUUUUGGCAGGAUUCUAGCAACUUCUCGGAUAUAUUUGACGUAGACCAUUUCAUAGAGGCCUUAAGAGGUGAUGUUCAUGUGGUUAAGUCGCUUCCUCAAGAAUAUUUAUUAGCACCUAAAGCCGUGAAACAGUUUCAAAGCUGGUCCAACGUAAAGUACUAUGUGGAUAUCAUCGCUCCUGUUUGGCGGGACUACAGGGUCAUUCGCGCUUCUAAGUCCGAUUCGCGCUUGGCAAAUAAUGACUUGCCUGCGGACAUACAGAAGUUGCGAUGUCGGGUUCAUUAUGAUGCUCUUCGAUUUUCCUGUGCCAUUGAUGAGUUUGGGAAGAAACUUGUAGAGAGAUUGAGAAGAAAUGGACCCUACAUUGCUUUGCAUCUUCGGUAUGAGAAGGAUAUGUUAGCCUUUAGUGGCUGCACCCAUGGUCUAACACACAAAGAAGCCGAUGAGUUGACCACUAUAAGACAGACUACAGCCCAUUGGAAGGUGAAGGACAUCAACUCUACCGAUCAAAGGGUAAAAGGGUAUUGCCCGCUGACACCAAAAGAGGUCGGGAUUUUCUUGAAGGCUUUGGGCUACCCGGAGACCACACCCAUUUACAUUGCUGCUGGCGAGAUUUAUGGUGGUGAUGAACGUAUGAAAGGCCUGCUUUCUCGGUUUCCAAAUGUUUUGCGUAAGGAGACCGUAGCCACGCCAGAGGAGCUUGCACCAUUCGUCAAUCACUCCUCUCAACUGGCAGCAUUGGACUACAUUGUUUCCGUGGAAAGCAACGUGUUCGUACCUUCCUACUCAGGGAAUAUGGCCAGAGCUGUGGAAGGACAUCGACGGUACCUUGAGCACCGCAAGACCAUAACCCCUGACAGGAAAGAGCUUGUAGCGCUCUUUGACAAGCUAGACAGAGGAGAACUUACUGAAGGCCCAGAGCUUGCGGAGAUGAUCGCUAACAUUCACAAGCGGAGGCAAGGAGCGCCACGGAAACGGAAAGGUCCCAUCACAGGUACAAAAGGAAGGGACCGGUUUAGGACGGAAGAGGUCUUCUACACAAAUCCUCUACCAGAUUGUUUAUGUUCUGAGACUGAUCCAAUCAACAUUAAGCCCAAAAUUUUCAACACGGAUAGGCAGCUUUUGAGCCAUGAUCCUCAAUGGAGGGAUGGCCUCAAUUCAUGGCAAAGACACUAGCAUACCUCAUGGGCAGUCUUCGUUUGUAAAGUGCAGUGCAGAAUUUGCCUGAAAAUUUGUAAUGUGUAUUAAUUGACCCACACCGACAAAAUAGUGGCGUUCCAUUCCGGUCGUGCAAUUUCUGCUGUUCAA